GCGGCGAGGGGCGGCGCCGCGGCCGUGCGCGGUUCCGAAGGCGGAAGCGGGCGCCGCGGGAGGGGGCCUGUCGCCAUGGCGACCGCGGCGGAGGGGCUGCCCGAGGCCGGCGCGCAGCCCGCUAAGCAGGAUCCUGCUGUUGAAACAGCGGAGGAAGCUAAGGAACCAGCAGAGGCAGACAUCAAUGAACUCUGUAAAGACAUGUUCAACAAAAUGGCCACUUAUUUAACAGGUGAACUGACAGCCACCAGUGAAGACUACAAACUCUUGGAAAACAUGAAUAAGCUGACUAGCUUGAAGUACCUAGAAAUGAAAGAUAUUGCUAUAAACAUCAGUAGAAAUCUGAAGGAUUUAAAUCAAAAAUAUGCUGCUCUUCAGCCGUAUCUGGAACAAAUCAACCUAAUUGAGGAACAGGUUGCAGCUCUGGAGCAGGCAGCUUAUAAAUUGGAUGCAUAUUCCAAAAAACUUGGAUUGCAGGAGGGCCACGAGGGGGCGAUGUGUCAGCAGAGAAAACUUCCAGAAGAUAAAGCAGUAAAGACAAAGUAAGAACCACAUCUUGUUCCUGUUGAAAAAGUUACUUUUCUACGUAUAGAAAAUACAAUGCUAUUUUAAAACUACAAAGAUGAAAACCUCCAGGAACUCUGAAGAUUGAAAUCCAUCUAGCCGUGCAUUGCCAGCAAGUGCUUAGUGUUUUCAGGUAAGAGGGCUAAGAAAUAGCAAAUUCCUUCACAAACUCUUGAGUAUCCCACCUCCAGGAAGCAGAAAUGGGAAGAGGAGCUUGUCCCACAAGUGACUCUUUAUUGGGAGGAAAUUUUAGAGACUGACUACCUGGCUGUCUGGAGGAUUGUGUGACAGUGGCAUCCCAAUUAGGCCAAGAGCUGACAGCUGUGUUCCAAGUUCUGUCUCUGAGCAACUAUUCCCCUCUCUACCUGAGGGCUCUCCGUGUGACUGGUAGACUCCAAAUCACGGCAAGGAUGGCAGGUCCUUGGAGACUAGCACCACAGAAGAGACAUAGCUGGGUGUGUGUGAACAGAAUUGUACUGGUGAAAUGUAUAGUCCAAAAGCAGAGGUGCAACUUGGUUGCUGCUCAGACAUCUCACCUGGAGAGUCCAUGAGAAGUUCCAGAGGAGGUACAGAGGUACAGGGGGAGACUAAAUCUCUAUCUCUUCUCUACUGCAGCAUUUCCUGGUGGAAAAUUGUCCUGGUUGCGGCUGGAAUAGAGUUAAUUUUCUUCCUAGUACCUGUUAUAGUGCUGUGGUUUGGAUUUAGGAUGAGAAUAAUGUUGAUAACACACUGAUGUUUUAAUUGUUGCUAAGCAGUGUUUAC